CGUUACCAUACUUCCUGAAGUUGCACAACAGAGCGAAAUGCCUCGACAUAGUAUAAAAUCAGGAUCAUGCCAUUUGAGUGGAUAAUCUGGAAAUAGUGAUAUGGAUCAACUCUGCAAAAACGCAACUUUCUGGGACUGGAACCAAACAGUAAAUGGGGACCAGCUAUUAUUUACAUCAUGUUUUCUGUCCACGGUUCCUGUGUGGGUGAUACAUGGCUGGAUAUGGAUUAUCUCCCCCUUCUAUAUCUAUUACCUGUUCAAUACGAAAACAAAUCCCAACCCUGUCAACUGGAGAAUCAUCAUAAAGACUCUCCUCCUAGCAGUAAACACAGCGUUAUUGAUUGUACAGUGGGUUCUGGAGUACACGCCUCAUCAUUCUCUUUGGAACGCAGCAGUCUUAGGGUUUACUCUGCAAAUCUGUACACAGUUUUUGCUAGGUUUCUACAUCCAUAUGGAGCGCUGGAAAGGUUUUGUUACAUCCGGGGUUUUAUUUACAUAUUGGACAGUAGCAAUCAUCAUCAAUGUAGUUCCAUUUCACAAUAAAAUUAUUAAACUGGAACAUAUUCGGAGUACAUGGCUGUUUACCUUGUUCUGUGCUAUGUAUGUGGUACUCUGUAUACAGUGGGUGUUGUCCUGCUUGGCAGAAAUUCCUAAACCUAAUGACAAGGAGUGUAGUCCUUAUUCCACUUCUUCCAUUCCAUCCAGACUGCUGUUUUCCUGGGUCUUCAGGUUUUUAAUGAACGGAUACAGAAGACCCCUAACACAGAAGGAUAUUAUUUCUAUGGAUUCCAGGGACAAAGCAGACUACCUUUUGUCUAAAUAUCUAAUAUGUUGGGAAAAGUCUGAAAAUACUUCCAGGGAAUGUUGCAUCGAAAAAGAAAAGGAUUUGAGUGCGUUAGAAAAUGUUGGAGAGUCCUUGCUUGCGAUGAAUGAUGUGGGAGAUAAUACCUAUCCUGAUUCUCGUGCUUCCCAGCAUUCCCUCGUAAAAACUCUUAUGAAAAUGUUUGGUGGGGAGUUCUUAAUGUUCCAUCUACUUGCCAUGAUAAUUGUUGUGUGUAAAAUGACAAGUCCUCAGUUACUCAGAUUACUACUUGAUUUUAUAGCAGAGCCCCAGGGUGAGACUAAUCAGCUAUGGUGGGGAUAUGUUCUCGCGGUAUCUCUCUUCCUGGUAUCAGUAUCAGAAUCCAUGUGUUACAGCCAUUACUUAUACACAUCCUUAAACUUGGGCAGAAGAAUCAGCGCCACGCUUAUGUCUGCACUGUAUAAAAAGGCAUUGACAAUCAGCCAUCAUUCGAAGCAGUCCUCAUCAGUUGGAGAAAUCUUGAAUUUGAUGUCAGUUGAUACCUCUACCAUACACAGCGCCACGAUGUUCCUUGGAAUGUGGUUUGAAAGCCUUCUGGAGAUAAUACUUUCAGUUUACUUUCUGUAUGACAUCCUCGGCUAUGCCACGUUUGCAGGGUGUGGCGUAUUGGCAUUACUGAUACCUAUGAAUGUUUUUCUUAGCUCAGUAUCAUUCAAGGUAAUGCAGAAGCAUAUGAAGCUCAAAGACGACCGAAUAAAUCUCUUGUCGGAAGUAAUCAAUGGUAUAAAGGUCUUGAAACUGUAUGCAUGGGAAAUGAUUUUUAAAGACAAAAUCAUAGACAAGAGGAAUUUAGAGUUGAGAAAAUUGCUGAAUCUGAAAGUCCUCGAACGAAUUGUAGAAACCUUUUUCCACAUCACAACCUUUCUGGUCAUCUUUACCGUGUUUCUCACAUACAUACAUAUCAGCGAUACACCUCUGGAUGCCAAGACAGUAUUUGUCUCCCUUUCUCUAUUCAACGUACUGAGAUACUCCGUCGACUUCCUAAAUUAUUCUGUGCGAAAUAAUUUGAAAUUUUUUGUGGCUUUGAAGAGAAUAAAUACCUUCCUAAAUAAAUUGGAUAUCCAGGAGGAUAAUGUUGAAAGAGAUCCACAAGAGGAAGCAGUUAAAAUAAUCGAUGGAGAGUUUGCCUGGGACAUCAACAGCAGUUUAUUGAAAGAAGUAAAUAUAGUGAUCCCAGAGGGAGGCCUUGUCGCAGUAGUUGGACAGGUGGGACAAGGGAAAUCUUCACUGUUGUCAGCCAUAUUGGGGGAAAUGAUGAAAAUAAGGGGAAAAGUCAGCAUUAAGGGUUCUGUUGCAUAUGUUCCACAACAAGCAUGGAUUCAAAAUGCAACAAUCCAAGAAAAUAUUCUGUUUGGAAACAAGAUGGACGACAAACGCUACCGUGAAGUACUGGAGGCGUGUGCUCUCAUUCAGGACCUGGAUAUACUGCCUGCAGGAGAUCAGACAGAAAUAGGAGAAAAGGGAAUCAAUCUCAGUGGUGGACAGAAGCAGAGAGUGAGUCUAGCUCGCGCAGUGUACAAUGACACGGACGUCUAUCUCCUUGACGACCCACUGUCAGCAGUUGACUCACAUGUAGGCAGUCAUAUUUUUGAUGAAGUUAUUGGGCCAUCUGGGUUGCUGAAACACAAGACAUGCAUCCUGGUUACGCAUGGGAUACAGUGGCUGCCAAAAGUUGAUAACAUAAUCGUCAUAGUCAAUGGAAAAAUAUCAGAAUCGGGUACUUACGACGAACUAUUAAAUCAUGCUGGACCAUUUGCCGAGUUUUUGGAGACGUAUUUAAUGGAUACAGAUGAAGGGGACGUUGAAGAGGAGGUUAUGGUGAAAGUCUUGCAACGAUUGACGUCACUAACAUCGAAUGAAACAAAUGGAUCAGUAUUUGAUUUAAGACAGUCUAUAAAUGAUUUAAGUAGAAAGCAUCUUCAUAUAAAGAGCACCUCAAGCCAUGCAACUGAGAGACUUUCAUCUGUGGCCACAGACAAAGAAGUUAAGAAAGAUAUCAGGAAACAUACUCUUAUUGAAGAAGAGACAAUGGAAAGUGGAAAGGUGAAGUGGAAGCAGUUUAUGACCUACUUCAGGGCCAUUGGUCUGGGAUACUGCGUCUUAAUGGUGACUCUCUAUAGCAUGGGUGAGUGCAUGAUUCUCCUAGGAAACAUUUGGCUGAGCAGGUGGACAGAAGACCCAGCUAUGAAAUUAGCUGAUACAACAACAAAUUGCAGCAGUAGUAUUCAACAAAGGAACAUUUAUUUCAUUGGGAGUUACUUAGGAUUUGGACUAGGGCAAAUCACUUCGAUGGUGCUGUUUGGAAUUUUAUAUGUACUGAGAACAAUUGCUGCAUCUCGCACACUACACGCUAAGCUGUUGCACACAACUGUGCGCUGUCCAAUCAGCUUCUUCGACACAACUCCAUCGGGUCGGAUCAUCAACCGUUUCUCCCAGGAUAUGGAAGCAGUAGAUACCAUGCUACCACUUAAUUUAGAGAACAUGCUUUUCUGUAUCACAGCAACACUGGGAGUUCUGGCAGCCAUUACAUACAGUGUUCACUGGUUUCUGCUUGUAGUCAUCCCACUCGGCGUAAUAUACUACCUCAUCAUGAUUUUCGUCUUGCCAUCCUUCAGGCAGUUGAGAAGAAUUAUUUCAAUUAAUAGAUCCCCGAUCUACAGCUAUUUCAGUGAGACUUUGGCAGGUGCUAGCGUUAUAAGGGCAUUUGGCAAGGAGAACCAGUUCAUGGUUGAAAUGCAGAGGAGAGUGAAUAACUUUCAUCAGGCUGACUGGGCUAAUAAUGCCAUCACUGGCUGGAGAAGUGUUCACCUGGAGAUGCUGAGCUGUUUGGUCAUUUUGGUGACUGGUACAAUAGCGGUAGGAACAAAAGAUAGCAUUAAUGCGGGGAUGGCUGGACUCUCAGUGACCUACUCCCUAACUUUAACACACCUGAUGAAUUGGUUGGUAUACAUAUUAACCCUGGCAGAGACUAAUGCGGUAUCAGUUGAACGGAUGGCAGAGUAUACAGUCAAAGAAUCGGAGGCUGAACUAAUUAAUGUUGAUCAUCGACCUUCAGAGGAUUGGCCAAGUCAAGGUCAGAUCACCCUGUCCUCUUACUCCACAAGAUACAGGCCUCAGCUAGACUUGGUACUAAAGAAUAUCAAUGCCACCAUCAAACCAGGAGAAAAGGUUGGAAUUGUGGGGAGAACAGGGGCAGGUAAAUCUUCCUUGACUCUUGCUCUGUUCCGCUUGAUAGAACCAGUCUCUGGGAACAUUGAGAUUGAUGGGGAAAGGUUAACAGAUCUUGGUCUUCAUGAUUGCAGGUCCAAGCUCACUAUUUUACCCCAGGACCCUGUGUUGUUUUCUGGUACCCUGAGGAUGAACGUUGACCCUAUGGACGAGUACACGGAUGAAGAGAUCUGGAAUGCCUUAGAGCAUGCUCAUCUGAAGUCAUACGUUCAGUCUCUCUCUACUGGUUUAGACUCAGAGUGCGGGGAAAGUGGGGAAAAUCUCAGCGUGGGUCAAAAACAACUGGUUUGUUUGGCACGAUCUCUGCUAAGAAAAACAAAAAUUUUGAUUCUGGAUGAAGCAACGGCAGCUGUUGAUUUGGAGACAGAUGAUCUGAUACAGAGGACAAUACGCGAGGAGUUCCGAGAAUGCACAGUGCUGACCAUUGCACACAGACUUAACACAGUGAUGGACUAUGACAGGAUUAUGGUUCUUGAGAACGGAUGUGUGCUGGAGUAUGAUACACCACAGAAUCUUCUUGCAGACGACAAAAGCUUGUUCUUUGAACUUGCCAAAAAUGCGGGUUUAAUAAAAUAAGAUAUACAUUUGUAAAGACAUUCUCAUCUUUCAUGUUACCAUAACAUAACGAUAUUUUGUUUUUGUUUUUUUUAAAAAUAUUGAUAUGGUAAAUGAUGUCAAUGAUAUAUUUAUUUCUCAGGGAAAAUGUUGUAUGCGACCUUAAGAGCUUAAUCCUGCAUACAGCAGAGUGCAAUGAAUUGUAAAUUCCUUGUAAAAUUUUGAGAGUGUUGGUAGAAAAAUAAAUUGAUGAAAUCCACAAA